AUGACGACGACCCGAUUAUCUGGCCUUUCUGUGAUUGAAAGUCUUCAACACGGAAAUAGGGCAAUUCUGCCCAAUGACAACGAUGCAGAACAACUGAUCUGUGUCAUGCCUGGUCGCAAGGACCCUGACCUUCAAGUGGGUGCGCAGACGGGCGUGCAAUUGCUUCCUGCUUUCGACGGUCAUAUGAGCAGUGUCUUUUCUGUGGCAUUCUUGCCUGAUGGACGACACAUUGUGUCCGGAUCUGACGACAACACAAUCCGUGUGUGGGAUGCGCAGACGGGCGUGCAAUCGCACCCUGCCCUCGAAGGACAUACGGGCGAUGUCACGUCUCAUCUGAUUCCCCACUCUCAGCGUCUGUAUCCAGGGCAGGACCAUUGGAUCUAUGCGAUGCACAUAAUUCGCCAGACAACAAUUGUCACCUGCUUCCACUUCCUACUCGCUAUUCUUCCCAUCCCGCCCAUGCUCUCAAAGAUCCAGCUCGAUUUUGGGAACAGUUUAAGCCACGGGCCCUUUUCCCUAAUGAAGAGGGCUGGCUUGUGGGUCCCAAAGGCCGCCUUCUGUACUGGCUUCCUAUCCAUCUCAUAA